CAAGUAGUAGAGGGACAGGCGGGGAGGUCUGCGUCGUUGGUGGACGGGGCGGGGCUGAGGCGCCGCGGCCCCGGCUCGAGCUGUUGCGGGUCGGGGAUGGCGGAGGGAGUCGGUCCUGCAUGGGCCAGACUGCUCUGGUUCCUCCGGCUGCUGGGGCUGGUGUCCGCCGCGGCCGCCGCCUGGGACCUGGGCUCGCUGAGCUGCAGUUUCCGCGCCUUCUGCGAGUGCGACUUCCGACCCGACCUCCGGGGCCUAGAGUGUGAUUUGGCCCAGCACUUGGCCGGGCAGCAUCUGGUAAGACAACUGGUAAUGAAGGGGCUGAAGGCUUUUGUGGAGAAUCCUGCACCAGCCAAACCCCUAGUGAUGUCCUUCCACGGCUGGACUGGGACAGGAAAAUCCUAUGUCAGCUCCAUGCUGGUCCAGUACCUGUUCCGAAACGGGAUGGCCAGUCCUCAAGUGCAUCAUUUUUCUCCCAUCAUCCACUUCCCCCAUGCAGACCAGAUAGAGCGCUACAAGAGUGACCUAAAGCAGUGGGUCUUGGGGAACCUCACAGCUUGUGGCCGUUCCCUCUUCCUCUUCGAUGAGGUGGACAAGAUGCACCCAGGGCUGUUGGGGGUACUCCGUCCCUUCCUGGGACCUUCCUGGGUGGUCUAUGGUACCAACUACCGAAAAGCCAUCUUCAUCUUCCUCAGCAAUGCUGGUGGGGAGCAAAUCAAUCAGCUAGCACUGGAUGCCUGGCGUGCUCGGAGAGACCGAGAGGAACUCCAGCUUGGGGAUCUAGAACCAGCCAUCUCGAAGGCCAUCGUGAACAACCCCCAGCAUGGUUUCUGGCAGUCCGGAAUUAUAGAAGACCAGCUCUUGGACUUGCUGGUCCCCUUCCUGCCCCUCCAGAGCCACCAUGUCCGGCACUGUGUGACCAAUGAACUGGCCCAGCUUGGCCUGGCCCAGCAGCAGGAGGAAGAGGUGAUCCAGGCUGUGCUGGAUGGAAUUGCCUUCUUCCCUGAAGAGGAACAGCUUUUUUCUUCCAAUGGUUGCAAGACUGUUGCUUCUCGAAUCACCCUCUUCCUAUGAGUGGGCAGGAGCAACUCCUUUUCCUCUGCUCUCCACCCCUCCACGUAUUAUCAAGGAACUGCCUGGGAGCUUUGGUCCAGACUUGCUGCUGGCAGAAUGACCUUUGUCCCAGGCCUUCUGGACAGUGUAAACAGGGCAGGCCUGGCAGCCCAGGGAGCAGAGGGCUACAGGCAGACAGGCAGUUCUAGCUUCUGCCACUUUGGGUACCUUCCAGACUGAUGGGACGGGGAGAUUUGGAUGUUGCUCUGCUGGUUUGAGAACAUCUUGGCCUCACUUGCCUUCUUGUCCCUCCUCAAACUCCACCUCCCCCACACCCCCAUGCCCAAAGCUCCCGGACAGAACACAACUUCAUCUGAGCCAAGUCCAAUUCCCCUUCUCCCAACCCAAAUCUGAGCCUUAUUUUAAAUUGAUGCUGUGAUUUGGUGACUCAGGGACCACAUAUGUCAGUCAUCUUCCCUACCCCUACUAGAGGCUUGCAGGACCCCCUGGGAGGUUCAUGUUCUCCUCUCCAGUCUCAUGAAGAGGUCAGCUUCCCCCUCACAGAGACACAGACACAGACACACACACAAACACCCUUUCUCUCUUCCCCUGUUCCAAUUUCCCCAUUGCCUGGGGGAACAACAGGAAGCCAGGGAACUUAGUAAGACCCAAACAUCUUCCCAGCUUCCCACCCCAGCAGCCACAAAGAUAGAGAUUCUGGGGCUACAAACUUUGCUCUUUAACAGAGCCUGCUUUAAAUGUUUUUAAUUUUGUAAUGAAGAAAAGGGGGAGGAUACAAAAUAAACUUAUUUAAGGGA